AUGGAGGAGCAGCAGGCUCUGGUAGCCUCCAAGGACGGGGAUGUAGCCACCUUGGAGCGACUGUUCGAGGCGGGUGCCCUGAGCCCAGGCAUCACUGAUGAGUUGGGGGCUGGCCUGGUGCAUCACGCCACCCGGGCUGGCCACCUGGACUGUGUCAAGUUCCUGGUGCAGAGGGCCAAGCUGCCAGGCAACCAGCAGGCACACAACGGAGCCACACCAGUGCACGAUGCAGCAGCCACUGGCAACCUGGCCGAGCUGUGCUGGCUGGUCCGUGACGGGGGCUGCGGGUUGCAGGACCAAGAUGCCUCAGGUGUCUCCCCAUUACACCUGGCUGCCAGGUUUAGCCAUCCGGCCCUGGUGGAGUGGCUGCUGCACGAGGGCCAUGCGGCCACACUGGAGACGCUGGAGGGGGCCUUGCCACUGCACCAUGCUGCUGUCAGUGGUGACCUGACCUGUGUGAAGCUCCUGACAGCUGCCCACAGCAGUGGUGUGAACCAGCAGACCCGCAAUGGCGCCUCUCCACUCUACCUGGCCUGCCAGGAGGGCCACCUGCAUCUGGCACAGUUCCUGGUGAAAGACUGUGGGGCCGACGUGCGACUGCGUGCCCUGGAUGGCAUGAGCUCACUGCAUGCUGCAGCUGCCCGUGGCCACUACUCUCUGGUUGUCUGGCUGGUCACAUUCACAGACAUUGGCCUGACAGCACAGGAUAACGAAGGAGCCACGGCCCUGCACUUUGCAGCUCGGGGUGGCCACACACCUAUUCUUGACCGGCUUCUGCUCAUGGGUGCUCCCAUCGUGAGAGACUCCUGGGGAGGAACUCCCCUGCAUGACGCAGCUGAGAAUGGACACAUGGAGUGCUGCCAGACCCUGCUCUCCCACCGCGUAGACCCCUUCCUGCGUGAUGAAGACGGCUAUACAGCGAUGGACCUGGCGGACUAUCACGGACAUCAGGAUUGCGCCCAGUAUCUGCGGGAAAUGUCUCGGCCGGUGCCACCAGUCCUGAUGACACCCCCACCCCCACCAUUUCCACCUCCUCCACUGUUGACUGAAAGGCUGUCCGAGGAAGAUGGAAGAAGAGCCAACUCAGGACUCAGGAGUCCCCCGUCUGUAACUCUCAGCCCAGCCUGGCCUGGUCAGCCUGUCCCAAGGAAGCCAAUGGCCUGUGCAGCCCCUCUGAGGGUCACCACCAGUCUCCCAGCUGCCCUUAAGGGGCCUGAGAUGGAAGCCCGGGACUCCCAUGAUGGCCUGGCCACUCUGCAGCUGGAUGGGUUGCCUUCAGGAGACCUUGACGUGCUGGUACCCACACAGGACGAGCGUGGCCGGCCCAUCCCCGAGUGGAAGCGGCAGGUGAUGGUUCGGAAACUGCAGGCACGCCUCGGUGCAGACCAUCUUCCAGAAGAUCAGGACCAGAGUCAGAGCCGAACCUCAGGCCCCACCCCCGCAGAACAGGCGACUUGGAGGUAUUCGCAGACACACCAGGCCAUCCUCGGCCCCUUUGGGGAGCUGCUGACUGAGGACGACCUGGUCUACCUGGAGAAGCAGAUCAACGACCUGCAGCUCCGGCGCCGCUGCCAGGAGUAUGAGAGCGAGCUGGGCCGGUUGGCAGCCCAGCUGCAGGCCCUCCUGCCGGAGCCCCUGGUCAGCAUCACUGUCAACAGUCACUUUCUACCCCGGGCUCCAGGCCUGGAAGACGAGGAAGCCCAGGCCCUGGUACCAGAACUCGAAGCCUCAGCGGAGCCUGGGAAGGCCGAGCCCAGCGGGCAGCCGCUGCCCUUCUGGUGCAGCCACAUCGGUCGCCUGGUGCGCAGCAUGUCCCUGCUGCUGAAGGGCAUGAACGGGCUAACGCAGGGAGAGGAGAAGCUGCCCGCCCGGAACCCACAGGACCCGGCCAAGGAGGCCAUGGCCGGCCCACCUCGAAGCGAGGCUCAGCGUGAGAUCCAGGAGUGCGGGGUGUCGGUGAGGACGCUGCGGGGGAACUUCGAGUCUGCCCGGGAUCUGCCUUGCGCCUCAAACUCGGGUCCCUGUGAGAUGGGAGCUCGGCGCGGCCAGUGCAUCAUCACCCACCUGCUGGGCACCUGGAAGGCCAUCAUGGCACACGUGCCGGCCCGGCAGCUCCGGAGGCUGAGCCGCAGGGCGCGCGGGCCACUGUCCCCAGAGCAGUUCUUGCCGCACGUGGACGGGGCGCCCGUACCCUACAACAGCCUCUCGCUGGACCUGUUCAUGCUCGGCUACUUCCAGCUCCUGGAAUGCGACCUGCCGGCCGAGGAGCGCAAGAUGCGUCACCUGCUGUGCUUCGAGGUCUUCGAGAACCUGGGUGCGCACGGCUGGGAGGCGGUGCGCGCCUUCCACAAGGCGGUGACCGACGAGGUGGCCGCGGGCCGCCGUACCUGGACCGACGGCUUCGAGGACAUCAAAGCCCGCUUCUUCGGCUCCAGCCAGGGUCCAGCCUGGGACACGGAGCCUGGCCGCAAGCUGGGCCUGACACCACUAGGGUCCUUGCCCCACGCUGCCCUCCCGGGCAGCGGCCCCAAACCUGUCGCCCCGAGGCUGGGGUCUGACUCCCAGCGGGACAGCUUCAACAGCGGAGACAUCUGUGGCUACAUCGACCGCAGCUUUGCCUUCUGGAAGGAAAAAGAAGCUGAAAUGUUUAGCUUUGGAGAAUGA